CUUCAUAUCACAAUCCCGAUCUUCAGCGAAGACGGAAGGCUGUGCGAGCGGCAGAAGCAUGCGAUUCCUGUCGACAACGAAAAACAAAAUGCGACGAGAGCAGACCGCAAUGUCAUCAUUGCAAGGUCAACGGCUUGACAUGUACAUAUAGAGAGUUACCGUUGAAGAAGUCGGAGAAGCAAAUAAUUGACAUCACUGGUAGAUUGGAGACGAUAAACAGGAGUAUUGAAAUGCUUAUUCAAAAGUCGAAGACGCAGGACGAGAAGAUUGAUGCGUUAUCGAAAGCGUUGCAGCAGAGGCAGCAAUAUGACAUCGACACGGCGCCAACAAUAGAUGGACACCAGGAAAUUGCCUCACAACAGAAUGAUGGGUCAACCUUUGUCGCCAAUUUUCAAGAUGAUACAUUAUGGGCCCAUCGCAGAGAAGAGAACUCUGAUGUGCAGUCCACAACACGACCACAAGCGCUGCCGACAAGUCCUGCUGGCCAAGCAGAGAACCAGAGAGGGAAAAUUUCGAACAAGCCUUGCCUGGAGUCCAUACUACUGUGACCUUCUGACGAGACGUUCUCAAUUGACCCUUCAUCAAAGGCUGAUCCCUUCCCGGGCCACGGCAUCGUGUGUGAUUGACGAAGAAUUUGGGCGAGCAAGCGUUACGUCACUACGACCUGGGUGAAGGCGAAUAAAAGACAAGACAAGAUUGGCGGACAUGAGGCUGCUCCAAGCCGCCCAGCUGCUAAUUCCGGCCGGCACCUGGAUGACGAAACAUCAUCUUCACCACGCAGCGUCUAGCGCAUCGGACAGCUUCAGUCAUCAACACUGUCGAGUUCAACAAUGCUCAUGCUGCGCGAGACCAUCCAGGUGGUGUGAUCCCCCAUGGUAGACCCAUGCUGGACUUUGAAGCAAUUGACCGGUAUUUCCUAACCAACAUGGAUCAUGUGUACAUCGCGCAUUCCAUCGACAGGAGCAAAAAGCGAUCACGACACGAACCCACUCCAAGGCUUCUGACUUUGUGGCUACACGCUCUCGAGAGGCAAGGAGAUAUUUUCUCCGGAAGUAUGAUAUCCGAGGUAGGAAAGGGCUAUGCAACCCUGAGGUGCGAAAGGAGUCUGCUCUAGGCUGAGUUUCGCACAGAUCAAUUGUCUGAGUUCCUCGUCCAUCGAAAGAGUAAGCCGCUUCUGGAUUUGUCGUUUGGCUCAUCCUUUUUACUUUAACGAGGCCUGUCGAGUGCGCACGGCGCAGCUUAAACCUUCUCCUUCAAAGCUGAGAUCCAUGAGACAAAAGAAUAAGGGGUCUGAAGGCCCACGAAGCUUUUCUCAUCCGUGUUCCUGAGUGUUCCUGAGCUGCACCUUGCAUUCAAUCCCUCAUUAUUUGCAGGGGCAGCUGGUUUGGAACUGUAAUAAGAGAGACAUAAUGUGCGAAGAGUAUGAUUGUCUCCAAGAAAGAGCCUUUCAUGCCAGAGAAUGCUUGACUCAUCCUUUACUAAGAUCCUGUGCACGUUGAUGACUAGGCCUGAAUGGAGGAAAUCUCAUAACCGUGACGCUGAUGUGGUUGGAGGGAAUAAAGAAAGCACUGCAUUUGUACCUAAGAUCGCCACUUAUGUCAUGCGUGAAGAGUAUGAGUGCCGACUAGGAAAGUCUUUGCAUUAGAGUCCUUAAGAGCUGUACUGUACGCACGCAGGUACAGUAUAGUCCUUGAACAUAUGAUCGAAACCCCUCCUUGUGAAGAAUUUUCUUUUCUGGCUGCUGAAAACAAAAGUGAAGACGUCCAGCUCGUCAGAGGGUGGUGGGUCUGGCGUCUGGGGAAGCGUCUUCUGACACAUUAUUAACUAUGGCAUUCCUAACCGCCGCUCCUAUAAACUUGAGGCAGACAGCGGCCAUCUUAUACGUUACCCUAUACAUAGCUAUAUAGCACAAAUUGUCCCUCAGAAUACGGUGGCGGCACGAUCAUGACAUGUCUAGGUCCAACCAAGUAACCUCGGGGUAGGUUCUAUCUGAUGAAAAACAA